UGUUAUCCAAACAGUAAGCUUCUAAAUCGGACAGAGAGCAUUUGUUUUACUCAGCUCACACAAAGCUCCCCCGUCGGUACUUGUUUUCAGCUGAAGAAAUUACAUUACACACGUUAGAAGCAUGGGCCAAGAAAGCACAUUCACAGCCCAGAAACGCGCCGGUGCACUCCCUGUAACAACCGCCACCGCCAAUGGCGGCGUCCGCAGCCGCUCCGCCACCAAUUCUUCCGCCUUACCACGCGGCCGUCAGAUCCAACGUACAUUCAACAACGUCAAAAUCACCAUCCUCUGCGGCUUCGUCACUAUCCUCGUCCUACGUGGUACCGUCGGCAUUGGCAACCUCUCAUCCUCCGACGCCGAGACUCAGAAUCUCAUAGAAGAAACUAAUCGGAUCCUCGCCGAAAUGCGAUCCGAUAAGGACCCGGACGACCCGGUUGAUCAACCCGAGACUUUCAUGAGCCUGAAUGAGACUUAUAGUUUAGGUCCGAAGAUUGUUAAUUGGGAUAAAGAACGGAAAAUGUGGCUCCAGAAGAAUCCAGAAUUUCCGAAUUUGGUUAAUGGUAAACCUCGGAUAUUACUUGUAACCGGUUCUCCUCCAAAUCCUUGUGAUAAUGCAAUUGGAGAUCAUUAUUUGUUGAAGGCAAUAAAGAACAAGAUUGAUUAUUGUCGGAUUCAUGGUAUUGAAAUUCUGUAUAAUUUAGCUCAUUUGGAUAAGGAAAUGGCUGGUUAUUGGUCCAAACUGCCAUUGAUUCGUAGGCUAAUGUUAUCUCACCCUGAAGUAGAAUGGAUUUGGUGGAUGGACAGUGAUGCAUUGUUUACUGAUAUGGUUUUCGAGAUCCCUUUAUCCAAGUAUAAUCGUCAUAAUCUUGUUAUUCACGGGUACCCGGAUUUGUUGUUUGAUCAGAAAUCAUGGAUUGCAGUGAACACCGGUAGUUUUCUCUUUAGGAAUUGCCAGUGGUCUCUUGAUUUGUUGGAUGCUUGGGCACCGAUGGGACCUAAAGGUCCUAUUCGAGAUGAAGCUGGGAAGAUUUUGACAGCUAAUUUAAAGGGUAGACCAGCAUUUGAAGCGGAUGAUCAGUCUGCGCUAAUAUACUUGUUCAUAUCACAGAAGGAUAAAUGGAUGCAGAAGGUGUUUGUUGAGAAUUCUUAUUAUCUACACGGAUAUUGGGCGGGGUUAGUUGAUAGGUAUGAAGAGAUGAUUGAGAAGUACCAUCCCGGUUUAGGCGAUGAGAGAUGGCCAUUUGUUACUCAUUUUGUAGGAUGCAAGCCUUGUGGGAGUUAUGGAGAUUACCCUGUUGAGAGAUGCUUGAAAAGCAUGGAGAGGGCUUUCAAUUUUGCAGAUAAUCAAGUGCUUAACUUAUACGGGUUUAGGCAUAAAGGAUUGUUGAGUCCUAACAUCAAAAGGAUUAGGAAUGAAUCUGAUCACCCGCUGCAGUACGUAGAUCAGUUAGAUGUUCGACGUGCAAAGCACAAGAGCACAUGAACUGAUAGCUAGGGAGUACAUUGUCUUUCGCAGGAAAUAAUCUGCAGCCUCUAAAAUCUGCAAAAGUGUGGUGACUAUUCUCCAAUAUUGGCAGUUUUUCUGGGUCUGCCUUGGGAGGUGCUGAUGAAAGGCUUGAUCUCUCGCACCAAUCAAAAAAUUAAAAAAAAGAAGGAUUUGAUCUGUCUCGAACGAGAAUGGCACUCUUGCUUCUUCUGCCUCUCUUACUGUUGUAGCGAAGCAUCGCAUGAUGAGGACAGAAUGUCUUUUUAUUUGAUCUACCACGGAGGAAGUCUGUUUUUAAGUUUGAUUAUUUGUAGCAACAUUUUAGCUUCUGAGCAGUUGAUGGAAUUCGCAGCUGUAUGAAAUCAUGACCAGUAAAAGGAGGAACUGCUGGAAUCAUCAGACAAAAUCAAUAGAAUUUGCAUAGAUAGCCUCAAGAUAUCACGAUAACACUUGUAUAAUUGCAAUUCUUUGUCACUACUUUAUUGUUCAUUUUUUGGUAUGUCGUAGUGGACAAAAAAUUUUGAUUUUGACCUUGGAAGUUUACCAGUGUUAAUACAUGUUCUUUGGUUCUUUUGCCCAUUU